AAGGGCCACGCGCGUGGACCACUCGAGGUCGCCGCUACUGCCUACCACUCGCAGGUAUAUAUUACACCGCUGUAGCUGUGUUCGGCACAUCACUGGACAGCCACAGUCGAUAACCUUUCCCAACAGCCACGAUGCAGAAGGGUACUCUCGCCUUGUUUUUGGCGUGCCUUGUGGCGGCUGCUGCCGCGUACACCACGAAGUACGACAAUAUCGACCUGGACGACGUCCUGCAUAACGACCGCCUGCUCAAGAAGUACCACGAGUGCCUGCUCUCUGACAGCGACGCUCCCUGCACCCCCGACGGGAAGGAGCUCAAGGCCGCCAUUCCUGAUGCGCUGACCAACGACUGUGCCAAGUGCAACGAGAAGCAGAAGGCCGGAGCGGAGAAAGUGAUCAGGUUCCUCAUCAAGGAGAAGCCCGACCUGUGGACGCCGCUGGAGAACAAGUACGACCCCAUCGGCACCUACAGGCAGAAGUACGGCGAGGAGCUCAAGAGGGUCUCCGCCUAAACACCGGGACAUCUCUGGCGCUGCACUGUGAUAGCUGUAAAGAACUCACAAGGCUGUGUCUCAUGUGAUACCACUAAAGAACUGUAAUUUAUUUGAUUAUUGUUGAUGAUAGUCGUGUGCCACAUCUUAUAAAAUAAA